GUCUACGUUACACAUGACGACCCACAUACUCGACCAUUUCAGUUCCAUCGGACUGCCAUUGAAGCAAAAUUGGUUGGUGUCAAUAUUACAAGUCAACGACCCGCCUCAAGCUCCUCAACUACUUCAAGCGUACGUCCAUUCACACAUCCUUUCUUCGUCAGUCACGGAAUCUAUCGACUCGCCAGCGUGGUUUCCGCCAAAUACAUCAGAGCAACAUGAAACAACGUUGCCGGGACCUUUCGUUGUCCAAGUAGCACACGUUCGCGAAAUCGGUGAAAGUACGAUCAGUCAACUCGAAAAGCUCGAAUCAUAUGCCAGUGGAGAAACCACACGAGGAAGAAGCAUUAUUCGGAACAUUAUAGAAGAUGAUGGGGUACACGGAGGAGCUACGCAAACACAAGGCACCAAUGCUACCCAAGCAACAGACGUGGUGGGUCGGCCAGUGGGCAAGCAUACUUGCAAAGUCACUUUUGAAGAUGGUGCCGGAAGAAGAGUGUAUGGAAUUGAAGCAAAGGCAGUGGAUUCGUUCUACGUUGGAAUGAACUUGGGAUGCAAGGUGAUACUGCGCAAUAUCCACAUGUUGCGAGGUGUGAUCUUGUUGAAACCGGCAAAUGUAACGAUGCUUGGCGGGAAAAUCGACAGUUGGAAUGAUAACCUGCUAAAGAACCUACAGGACGAGCUGGAACGCGAGCUGAAGAGGAGUUGAAUAGAUCCAUAUCAAAC